CCACCCGGAGAGGGUUGGCAGUGACACCGUAUAAUGUCCCCGGCUGCUGGACUCCGGAGAAAAGGGGCUGCCAAUGUUGGGGGCUCUGGAUCCCGUUCGCCCCUAUGGGGAGCUAUGCGUCAUGGGUGGCAAAAUAAACAUCAGCUACUCGUUGAUCCACGAUAUACCGCGCUGCUUGGGGCAUGUCUGUUUCUGGCAGAGAUUGGGGUCACAUACUGGGUCAUCCAGCGAGUGCCCUAUACAGAAAUAGACUGGAAGGCUUACAUGGAUGAGGUUGAGGGCGUGCUUAAUGGAACCUAUGAUUACACCAAGCUAGAAGGGGAAACUGGACCUCUUGUGUAUCCUGCAGGAUUUGUAUACAUUUUCAGCGCCUUCUAUUACAUGACUGAGCAUGGAAGCAACAUCCGUCUGGCCCAAUACAUCUUUGCUGCACUGUAUCUCCUUACACUACUCCUUGUGUUCCGCAUCUAUACGGUCACGAAGAAGGUCCCUCCAUAUGUUUUCUUCUUCAUGUGCUGUGCCUCAUACCGUGUGCACUCUAUUUUCCUUCUGAGGCUCUUCAAUGAUCCGGUGGCUAUGGUUAUCUUGUUCUUUUCCAUUAACUUCAUCCUUGAGGACCACUGGAGCUGGGGUUGCUUCUUCUACAGUUUGGCUGUUUCUGUGAAAAUGAACAUUCUCCUGCUGGCUCCAGGACUUCUCUACCUCCUUCUCUGCCGCUUUGGGCUGCUUCGUUCUAUUCCCAAGCUCUGCAUCUGUGCCGUGCUGCAGGUGUUUUUGGCUCUUCCAUUCCUGAUUGAGAAUCCAACUGGAUAUCUGGUUCGCUCCUUUGAUUUUGGUAGACAGUUUCUCUUCCAGUGGACAGUAAACUGGCGGUUUCUUCCUGAGUCUGUGUUCCACCACAGGGUUUUCCACAUAGCACUGCUAGUGGCUCACCUCACUGCCCUGUUACUCUUCUGUCUGCAUCGCUGGCAUAGGUCUGGGCAAAGUCUUUUGCCGCUCCUGAAAGAUCCCUCCCAGAGGAAACCACCUUCACCUGGACUUACACCCAACAAGAUAAUCUUUGUGCUAUUCUCUAGCAAUUUCCUGGGUGUAGUUUUCAGCCGCUCUCUGCACUACCAGUUCUACGUCUGGUACUUCCACUCUCUGCCCUACCUCCUGUGGUGCACGGACACAAGUGCCCUGCCAGGACUAGCAAAGAUUUUGAUUCUUGGUCUGAUAGAGCUGUCCUGGAACACCUUUCCCUCCACUUCUUUCAGCUCAGGAGCUCUCCACCUCUGCCAUGGAGCCAUUUUGCUGCAGUUAUGGUGUGGGACUCCCCCUAGUGACACCAGCAACACCAGUACUGGGCAUAUCGUACGUGUCCCUCGAAAAAAGAAGGAAUAACUUUCCUAGCCAAAGAAGAGUGUUCAUAAAAAGACUAUCUCUCUCUGAGUGGGGGUAACUUACCCAUUAUGUAAUGGAUUAUUUUUCUAAUUUAAUAAAUGUAAACACAGUCUAUAA